AUGUGGCCCCGUUCAAUUCUCAUCACUGGCGCUAGUCGGGGAAUCGGGCUGGGAUUGGUGAAGGAAUUCUUGGCAAGAUCCGAAGUGGAACACGUAUUUGCUGGAGUCAGGGAUCCAAAUAGGGCACCGAAUUUGGCCUCAAUCAGCGAUCCGAGGCUAAAAGUGAUCGCUCUAGAUAUUCUUUCGGAUCAAUCGAUUGAAGGAGCUGUUGAAGAGAUUUCAAAAGUUGUCGGUGAGAAAGGAUUGAAUGUUUUGGUGAACAAUGCUGCUAUAAUGGUUCAAUAUCAUUUCCACGAAUCACCGAAUCGGGCGAAAAUCGACGAGGUGAUGCGCUCGAAUGUCACGGCGCCGAUCAUCGUCACUCAUUAUUUCCUGCCACUCCUCCGAAAAGCCCUACCACGCGAUGCGAAUUUCCUUCCCUCUCAUGCAGCAAUUAUCAACAUUGGCUCGGAUUAUGGAUCUUUGACGAAAUGUUCAGUUUAUGGAUCGGGCGGAGAAUUGGGGCAUUUACCACAUAAAGUCAGCAAGGCUGGAUUGAGUCAAUUCUCUCGAGUUCUAUCGGAAGAUUUGAAAGCGGAGAAGUUGUUGGUGGUGACUUUGCAUCCAGGAUGGGUUUCAACUGAUAUGGGGACAGAUGCCGCCGAUAUUUCGGUGGGGGAGAGUGUCGGCGCGCUGGCCUCAACAAUCGAGCUUCUCAAUGAAACUCAUCAUGGUGGAUUCUUCGAUAGAAAUGGAGAACCCUUACCAUUG